CCGCGCCGCGAGCCGACCGGUCUCUGACCAACCAACACGAACCACCUUCUCAACUCCCUGCCAACACACAUCCCAUCAUCAUGUCAUCGCCCCCACCCCCUUCCUCGAACCCGCUGAAACGGCCCUCAAUCUCCUCGGCCGCCUCCCAGCCGCUGGGCAGCCACCCGAAGCGACCGCGGAUGCACCCCCUCCGUCAGACCUCGUUUCCCAGUACCAUCGACGCCGACACGCGCACAUACAGUGAUGCCGGGAGUGUGACGGGCAGCUUCACGGGCAGUCUGGGGGGCACCAGUGCGGACGGAGUAUUUCUGACCAAGGGCAAGAAGCGCGGGCGCAAGAGCAAGGCGGAAAAGGAGCGGGAGCGGGAAGAAGGCAGUCUUCGAGCCGGCAUGGAUCGGAUGGGGUCGGUGGAUAUGGAGGGGGCCUCUGUGCGAGCUGGUACCGCUGGUGGGGGUGGCGGGGGUGGCGAGGAUGCAGAUGAGGAUGAAGAUUUUGAUGAUGAGGGCGAGCUGCUGGGCAGGGAAGAGGGGACGACAGAUACGGAGGCCGAGAAGAAGAAUCUGGCGUUGUUGGUGGACGCGUUCAAUCCUAUCCAGUCGGAGCGAUACGAUUUGUUCAAGCGAGCCAAGUUACGAAAGGAGACGCUACGACGGAUUGUCAACCACGCACUCUCGCAGUCGGUGCCGGCGAGUGUGGUCACUACGAUUAAUGGGUUUACAAAGGUGUUUGCGGGUGAGAUGAUCGAGAAGGCGCGGACGGUGCAGGCGGAAUGGGCCCUGGCUCAUGACCAGGCGGCUCUGGCGGCGUUGGAGGCGGAACAGGCGACAUCGACCCCGGCUGGAGGCAUUAAACAGGAGCCAUCGGAGCAUACACCUUUCUCAGCGGCGAAGAAAGAUGUGAAGCUGCCGCCAAACCCGCACCGGGGCCAGUUGCUGCCCGCGCACCUGCGGGAGGCGCUUCGGCGGUACAAGCGGGACGGCGAGGGGGGAGGCGUUGGGUUUUCUGGAUUAAGCAUGGGCAAUCUAGGGGUGCGAGGGUCGGUGACGUGGGCUGCAGGCAGUGUGGGAGGCCGGCGGAUUUUCCGUUAAUUUCAGCGGUGGCGGGGAUGGAUACUGGCUGUGAGUGAUAUGUGAAUUAAUGAAGCCAAGCGGCCUGUCUAUAAUUAACUUGACGCACGGGGGCUCUUGGAAUGUCUAUCUUCCAUCACCUCAUAGGGUUCGGCAUGGCGCAAUCGAGACCCAAGAAUUGCACACGUGAGGGUCGGCGCUUCCC